AUGAUGAAACCGAAUCUAAAGCUUCGCAAGGUCAAGGCUUUGACUGCCAAGAAAGCAGCAGCCUUCUUUUCUCGGUCCAAGCCACACUCAUCAACCCCAACCUCAGUAUCAGCACCCAAGGCACCAGCUGGUGAUUGUCUGACUAUCAGCAUUGGUCACGACAUGAUGGCGCUAAAGGAAACCAUAAGAGCUCUUGAAUCAGGAUUCUACAGUGAAGCAUCUACUAAAGUUCACAUUACAAAAGGAAAGGAGGGUCCUCAGAUGGACAAGCUCUACUCUAGAUUGCUAGUCGCAGUUGGCCAACUCCCCAACCUUCAGGAGCUCUCCAUCCAAGGAGACGUCAAUGCACGGGUAAAUGCCCCGAUUCUGCCCGUCAAAUCCCUCAAGAAUUUGUUGCAAGGAGCAGCCCAAACAAUUUGCAAGGUUCACUUCCAGAACAUAAUAUUGCUGACUCGCAAAGAAUCUGAUCAGCUUAUCCACCCAGAAAUCAGCAAUUUCUAUAAGUCUCUCAAGAAGCUCCAAUGCUUGCAAGAAUUUGAUAUCACUUCCUGCUUCCAAAUAGAGUCUCUAAACUGUGGUAUCAAAAUCCAGAGUGAACUGUCUAUUGCAUCCCUUUUAGGACCACUGGCAUCCAUUCCAUCCCUUAAACGAGUUGCCUUAAGCCAGAAAAGGACAGAAGGUCUGGAGCCUUCAUGUCUACAGAGUCUAUUCCAAUCAUGCCCAUGUCUGGAAGAGCUUUUGCUCACUGGCUUUUCCGUUGAAGAAUCUGAUUGGGACAGCAUUGUACCGUCUAUACUACAACAUGCAAGGAAGCUCAAAAGGCUUCACCUUGAACACUGCUGCCUGGGUGCGAGAAGCUUGGAUAUCUUUCUUCAGUUGUUGGGCCCAGAAUCACCACUGGAAGAUUUUGAGUUUAUGCCCAUCCUUACUGACGACAUGUUGGGCUUGGGACACACCCGUCAAAUAUCCGCGACCCCCCAAGGUGAGGUCACCUGGAAGAGGUUGCUCUGCGACGCCAUUCCCACAGCACUCGAGUCCAACACAAAACUUCAGAGGUUGAGUAUCAAAGCAAAAGGUGAUGUCAACUUGUUUGUCCCUAUAGAGUUCCAGCAACCAUGGCUGGAUCUCAUCAUGGAACAAGGUCGCAACAAUUCACUGAUCGACUUUGGGUUCUCGAGGGAUGAUGGCCUCUGCUUCCAUUACGAAGAUGAAGAAAUGGCAGCAAAGUUUGAGCACUAUCAAAAGCUCAGACAAUUUGGAAUUAGAAAGCUAGAAGCCUUUACUGGCACCGAGGAAGAAGAAUUUGAUCGAACCACUCUCCAGGUCCUGGGCGAGGCGUCAGGGGAUGUCUCAUGCUUGUUUCAUAUCCUCCAGCGAUAUCCUUCUUUGUGCACAGCCGCAGGAAAGAUAUAUUAA